GCCACCGGAAGAACGACCCCGAGUCGGAGUGAGCGCCCGGCAGUGGAGGGCGCCCAGGGCCGUGGCACCGAGACCGACCCCUCAGGUGCCACCUGAAGACCCAUGCUGCCCCCUUAUCUGGAUGUUUGACCCAUGGUGGGAAAAGGCAGCUGCCUCCAGCAGGUUGGGUGUGAAUGGACCAGGCCUGGGACAAAGCCCACGGGCCUCGGCCAAGCACAGCCACUGUCCAAGUGCGGGAGCUGAGCUGGCAAGGCCUGCACAACCCCCGCCCACGGAGCAAGGACCCAGGCAGCCACAGGGAGCAGCUGGUAGAGGAGUGCCUGUCACCUGCCCGACUGCGGGCCCUGGCCCAGGUAGAUGACCUUCGACUGGUGAACAUGCUGGAGAUGUGUGUCAACACCCGUGAGAACAGCCUGGGGAACUUUGGGGUGCACCUGCCCAACCUCAGCCAGCUGAAGCUGAACGGCAGCUGCCUGGGCUCCGUGAGAGACCUGGGCACUUCCCUGGGCCACUUGCAGGUGCUGUGGCUGGCUCGCUGCGGCCUGACUGACUUGGAUGGCAUUGGCUCCUUCCCGGCCCUGAAGGAACUCUACGUCUCCUACAACAACGUCUCAGACCUGAGCCCGCUGUGCCUGCUGGAGCAGCUGGAGGUGCUAGACCUGGAGGGCAACAGCGUGGAGGACCUGGGGCAGGUGCACUAUCUGCACCUGUGCCCGAGGCUGGCCACACUCACCCUGGAGGGCAACCUGGUGUGCCUGCGGCCAGGGCCCAGCCCUUCCAACAAGGUGCGUGUGGUGGGCACCCACCAUGCACAGGAGGGCAAGGUGCCACGGGGCUACAACUAUCGGGCAGAGGUGAGGAAGCUCAUCCCCCAGCUGCAGGUCCUGGAUGAGGUACCAGCCACACACACAGGCCUACCGGCCUCCCAGAAGCUGGACCAGGACUGGCUCAUGGUGAAGGAGGCCAUCAAGGAGGGCAGUGUCUUGGAUGGCCUGCUCCCUGGGCUGGAUCAUCCCCAUGGAGCCCCCAUUCAGAGACUCAGCUCCGAGCUCUCCUUGACUGAGACCCAGCCAUGGGCCCCCAGGCCAUGGCCCCUCUCCCUACUGGUCACUGGGGGUCCUCUGCCUGAAAGCCUGCUUCCCAAGGACCCAGCUCCAGAGGAUGACACCAGCAACCUCACCCAUGGUGCUGGCCGAGUCCUCUGCGGGAACCCCACCAAAGGCCUGCGGGAGCGUCGACACCAGUGCCAGGCCUGGGCAGGUCCGGAGCAGCUGCCCCCACACAGGCUGAAGGACCUGGCUGCCUCCGUCCCAGGGCCUGAUUCUACAGACAGCAGUGACCCCCUGGCCUUGGCGAGGCUUCCAGCCUGCAGGGAGCUGUGCCUGCGCUCCCUCCCUGGUAGGUCCCUGGAGUCCCAGCAAGAAGGUGCCACAGCCCCCUGGGGCCCUUGGAGGGGCCCUGAAGAGCAAGAGAACAAGUCCAGGCCCAAGACUCCCUCCAGCCCCCUAUGCCUGGCCCCAGAGCCUUCCAGGACUUUGGGCUGUAACCUGACCCCCUCUCCCCCCAAGACGCCCAUGCCUUCUGAUUCUAGCAACAGUUACUGGGGGUCCACAGGCCUGCAGUUCCGGAGGCGGAGGUUCAGAGCCCUAUGUAGCUUAGGGCCUGGCUUAGGGCAGGGACCUGGCCUAGGGCAGGGAUUGGCUACAGUGACGGAUCUGAGAGCCCUGGAGGUGACCUCAGGCCCAAGCCCUAGAGCCCAAGGAUGUCCAGGCUCAAAGCCAGCACCAGAUUCAGCAGCCAGAUCCCCCCGCCUCCGGUGCAUGCCACACCUGAACCCUAUCACCCCAGCCCAAUCCCACCCCUAGUGUGACCCCCCACCCACUGCCAAGCUGGC